ACCAUUCAUUUUCUUCAAGCUUCAUGGCAUUUGCUUUCUUUUCAAAAGAAUGAUAUUUCCUAUGAAUGCCAAUUUAAUGGGUAGCAACAGUGACUCACCAACUUCUCCUUUGAAAUUUGCUUGGCAUACUUAAUGAAGAAAAUUCAUGUUUUGGAGACAAUUUCACACACCUUACCACUUGUCAGCAUAUUUAUAUUCUUGCAUCCUUUAUCACUUAUUUCCCAUCCAUGGUUAUUUCUUUUCGUGCAUUCCCAAAAAUGCAUGCUUUAGGAUACAACUCCACACACAUUAUCACUUUAGAGCAUAUUCAUGUUCUUUCAUCCUUCAUUUGUUGUUUAGCAUCCAUCUUUAUUUCUUUUCUUGCAUUCCCAUAAUCUUGCUUGAUUCUCUGCCUUCAACAAUUGAAAUAUGGGUUCAUACAUGGUCAAGCGCAAUUCUUUGUCAAUCAAGACACCUUUUGAAAUAUUCAUCCAUGGAGAUAGCUUUGACCAAUAGAGGAUUGAGGAGAUCUUUAACUGCAACAUUUUUCUCCAUCGUGGACAAUUGCCAAGUCCAAGGGGCAAGCUUAGAAGGACAAGAACCAAGAGCAACCUCAAAGAUCAAAAGCUCAAGCACAUCGCACUUUAUAUGGCUCUAGCAAUCAAGGGAUUCUCCAAGGAAAGGAAUACAACUACUCAUUGAACAAUCAUACUUUGAGAGAUCUAGGAGUCAGAUUUUGCUAGGAACUUGAAUGCUACCAUGUUGAUGUACUUAGUGUGAUGUACUAGGCUUUUACUUUGUAAUGAAUGACCAUCUUUGUAAUGCAUGUUGAACUACUUGUAAAUGUCUUCUAUGCAGCCCUUGGAGUCUAUGGAAAUCUCAAGGCGUUCAAAGAUAUUUUGCUUCAUCCGAGGCUCCUUAAGGAUUGGAAAUCGACAAUGUGUGAAUCCAUAUAGUAAUUGUUGAAGCAUUAAAUCAUGCAAAAUUAU